AUGCCGUUGUUAAUGUUACGAGGAGCCACCCGAAGGCAGACUUUUGGACGUGUCGUAUGUGCGUUGCAAGAGUCAAAGCCAAGCGGCCGCUCGCUCGGCCGGCAAGGCCAAGGAACGUGA